AUGGCAAAUAUCCACCAGGAAAAUGAAGAAAUGGAUCAGCCCCUGCAGAAUGAACAGGAAGACUGCCCUUUGGGAAGAGGUGACGGCCACCAGCCUGCUGCCAAUAACCACACCCCAAGAGGACAGGCUCGCCGACUUGCCCCUAACUUUCAAUGGGCCAUACCCAAUAGGCAGAUUAAUGAUGGGUUGGGUGGAGAUAGAGAUGAUAUGGAAAUGUUCAUGGAGGAGAUGAGAGAAAUCAGGAGAAAACUUAGGGAGCUACAGCUGAGAAAUUGUCUGCGUAUUCUGAUGGGGGAGCUCUCGAAUCACCAUGAUCAUCAUGAUGAAUUCUGCCUUAUGCCUUGA